CUUCGAUUCCCGUGAAUCCAGGGAGAAAAGAUGGUCAAGUCGUACUUAAAAUUCGAAGCGUCGAAAACUUUUGGCCUCGUUACCUCCGCUACAUCGAAUGUGGUCUGGAUAAAAGAUGAAGGUCCCUUGGCGGCUCCUCGCCAUACAGGCGCUGGGCGAGCAAUUGUAGGUGCCGGGGAAGAUAUCGUCUGUUGGGAUGUGAAAAAAGGAGAAAUGCUAGCGAAGUGGCGGGACUCCGAUUGCAGUGCGCGAGUUACCUGUAUUUCGCGGAGCAAAGCUGACGAGGAUAUCUUUGCGGUUGGAUAUGAGGAUGGCAGCAUUCGAUUAUGGGACUCCCGGUUGGGUACAGUUAUUAUUUCAUUCAACGGUCAUAAAACUGCAGUCACACAGCUAGCAUUCGAUCAAGGAGGAACACGGUUGGCAAGCGGCUCGCGAGACACUAAUAUUAUUAUAUGGGACUUAAUUGCAGAGGUCGGCCUCGUAAAAUUACGCGGUCAUACCGACCAGAUUACUUCGCUUCAUUUCUUGUCCGACUCCAACGCUGAAGAUGAUACUGCAGAACUACAAGAUGGCUCUGAGCAACAGAAGUUUCUCUUGAGCACGGGAAAGGAUUCGUUGAUCAAGAUUUGGGAUUUAUCUUCACAACAUUGUAUCGAGACACACAUUGCUCAAAGUAACGGGGAAUGUUGGAGUCUAGCCCUAUCACCCGACCAGAGUGGAUGUAUUACUGCCGGGAACGAAGGGGAGCUAAGGGUGUGGUCGAUUGACUCGAAUGCCAUGAAAGAAAUUGCAAAGGAGAAAGAAGGGGUGAAUAUGCAGAAGAUCCUGCUGGACCGGGGAAAUUUAUAUCGCCAGGGCAAAGAUCGAACGCUUGGCGUGCACUUUCAUCCGCACGCAGAUUACAUCGCCGUUCACGGCUCUGAAAAGUCGGUUGAAAUAUUACGUAUUAAAGGUGAAAAAGAAAUCCAGAAAAGUCUGGCCAGAAAGCGAAAGAGGAGAAAGGAGAAAGAUGGAGACCAGGACGGUGAAAACGCCAAUCUCGUACCGAGCGGUCCGGAUUCUCUCGCGGCUGUACCAAUAACUGAAAUCUUUGUGUCACACGCAAUUGUCAGAACUGGAGGAAAGAUCCGGUCAGUAGAUUGGAUGGGUGGAAAAGGAUUGCAGUUCCUCGCGGCAACGACAAACAACCAGCUGGAGGUUUAUAACGUUGUCUCUGCAGAGAAGAAGAAGAAGGAUCAGGAAGAGAUUGAUUACAGCCGGACAUUGUCCGUCGAGAUCCCCGGCCAUCGAACAGAUGUUCGAUCACUAGCACUAAGUUCGGACGAUAGGAUGCUCUCGUCCGCCUCUAAUGGAAACUUGAAGAUUUGGAAUAUCCGAACGCAGACGUGUCUCCGAACAUUGGACUGUGGUUAUGCUCUAUGUUCGACUUUCCUUCCUGGAGAUAAAAUUGUGGUUGUUGGGAACAAGAAUGGAGAACUAGAAGUGUUUGACAUCGCCUCGUCCACCCUCCUUGACACAAUUCAGGCUCAUGAAGGUCCGGUGUGGUCUCUGCAUGUUCAUCCUGACGGAAAGUCUAUGGUUACUGGUAGUGCCGACAAGACCGCGAAGUUCUGGAAGUUUGAGAUCGUUCAAGAGGAAAUUCUUGGCACCAAACGCACGAUGCCGAAGCUGAAGCUCGUACAUACGCGGACUCUCAAAGUGAACGAUGAUAUUCUUAGCCUUAAGUUCUCUCCAGAUGCUCGUCUGCUCGCUAUCUCUCUUUUGGACAACACAGUCAAAGUCUUUUUCGUUGAUACCCUGAAGCUUUUCUUGAAUCUUUAUGGUCAUAAACUUCCCGUCCUCAACAUGGAUAUUUCAUACGACAGCAAAUUAAUCGUCACUUGCUCUGCGGAUAAGAAUGUACGACUCUGGGGUCUCGAUUUCGGUGACUGUCAUAAGGCACUGUUCGCACAUCAGGACAGCAUCAUGGCGGUUGCGUUCAUGCCUAAUAACAAAGGAGACGGCCACAACUUCUUUAGCGCUAGCAAGGAUCGCCUAAUUAAAUAUUGGGAUGGCGAUAAGUUUGAGCAAAUACAAAAACUCGAAGGUCACCACGGGGAGAUUUGGUCUUUGAUAAUAAGCCAUUCUGGAGACUUCAUCGUUACCGCAAGUCAUGAUAAGAGUAUAAGAAUCUGGCAACAGACUGAUGAACAGAUAUUCUUGGAAGAGGAGCGAGAGAAGGAAUUAGAAGAGUUAUAUGAGCAAAACCUCGCUGAGUCUCUAGAUCGGGACGAAGCGGCUGCUGAAGGCGAUGACAAAGCAGAGGCCGUGGCCGCCAGCAAACAAACUAUGGAAACUUUAACGGCGGGAGAAAGAAUCAUUGAAGCUCUUGAACUUGGAAUGGAAGAUCUAGAGCUAUUGCGUGAGUUCAAUGAGCGCAAAGCCUCUAAUCCCAAGGUGGCACCCCCGUCCCGAAACCCUCUCUAUCUUGCAUAUGGCAAUGUUUCGGCCGAAAAGUAUCUUCUCAACACCAUCCAGAAGAUCCCCGCUGCUUUUCUGCAAGAUGCCCUUCUUGUCCUUCCUUUUUCACAACUCCCCGCUCUUUUUACAUUUUUGAAUAUCUGGGCCAGCAAAGAAUGGGAUAUUCCCUUGACGUGCCGCAUAUUAUUUUUCACCCUCAAGACGCAUCAUCGGCAAAUAGUGGCGAGCAAAAUGAUGAGACCGAUGCUGGAUGAUAUCCGAGGAAAUCUUCGACGAGUACUUUCCAAGCAGAAGGAUGAAAUGGGUUAUAAUUUGGCUGCGUUGCAGUUUAUUGGCGGGCAGGUACGAGAUAAGGGCAAGUCGGAUUACAUUGACGAGGAGAUGUGGGAACAGGAAGAACAGCAGCAAAGAGGUGUAAAGAAGAGACAGUUUAUCACUGUGGCCUGAAGAAAGCAUUAGCGAUGGAAAAAAAAAAAAGAUCUUUGGUCAAAAGUGGCGCCCUGGAAGGAGUUGCAAUUGUUAUUUUUUGGAUACCUUCCGGAGUUGCUGUGAAUAGUCGCCUUUGCAGAUGGUAACAAGGGCUUAUGUAUAAGUUAUUAUAAAGAGCAUAUCAUAAAGCAAGAAAUAGAUUUAAA